AUGGACGGCCUCCUCAUAGACUCCGAAGACCAAUACACCGAAGUCACCAACACCAUCCUGCGCGAGAACGGUCGGCCCGACCUACCCUGGUCCAUCAAGGCGCAACUGCAGGGUCGGCCAGGCCCUUCCGCGGGCAAGAUCUUCCGGGCAUGGGCGCAGCUGCCGCUCACCGAAGAGCAGUUCAUGGCCCGCCAGAAGGAGCUGCAGGCCGAGGCGUUCAAGAAGUGCAAACCGCUUCCAGGCGUGAAGAACCUGUUGGCCCGCCUGGACGGUGCCCACACCCGAGUCCCCAGCUUCGGGCGGAGUCCCGCCGGAGGUGGCAAGAAGGUCAGGCUGGCGCUGGCGACCAGCAGUCAUGGGCGCAACUAUGACAUCAAAACGCAAUACAUGAGCAAGAUGUUUGGGGUGUUCCCGGAGCGGCAGCGGGUGGUAGGCGAUGACCCCAGGAUCCCGCGUGGUAGGGGAAAGCCGUUACCAGAUAUCUACUUGUUGGCGUUGCAGUGUAUUAAUGACGGGAUCGAUAGUGAGGGGAAUGGCGAACGGCAUGUGCAGCCGGAGGAGUGUUUGGUAUUUGAGGACAGUGUGCCGGGCGUGGAGGCGGGCAGGAGAGCGGGGAUGCGGACCAUUUGGUGUCCUCACAAGGGUCUGCUUGAGGUCUACAAGGAUAGAGUGGAACAGGUGCUGGCAGGAAACACAGGGGAGCAUAAGGAGGAAGAUCUGGAUCACACGGCGGGGGAGCCACUCAAGGGAAGUCCGGGGCAUGUGGGUGAGAUUGGGGAUGGGUGGGCUGAGAUGCUGGCGACACUGGAGGACUUCGACUAUAUGAAAUACGGUAUCUCCUUCGCGGAUAUUCGGUAUGUGAGCGAGAGCGGGCAGCCUGCAUCAGCAGGCACAACGGACAAGGAGCUGGAGGAGAUGACGGCAAUGGCUGAUGGCAAAACACAUGCACCGGAAGAAGGGACGCCCGUCACAUCGCCGGUAGGCACACCGGUGCCUGGUCUGAAAGAGAGUAAGGUUUAG